AUGGAGAACUCCACGGUGUCCAAUGGGACUUUGGAAUCUUGGACUGACCGCAGUGUUGAAUAUAAAGUGACCAGCGUCCUCAUCGUUUUCCUAAUAUGCGCUCUGGGGAUAGUUGGAAACGUGAUGGUCAUCAUGGUGGUCCUCACCACAAAGCACAUGCGGACCCCUACCAACGGUUAUCUGGUGAGUUUGGCCAUCGCUGACCUCAUGGUGUUGAUCGCAGCCGGUCUACCGAGCAUAACGGACAGUUUGUUCGAUUCUUGGAUUUUUGGGCACCCGGGGUGUCUGUGCAUCACAUACUUCCAAUAUCUUGGAAUAAACGCAUCCUCGUGUUCCAUAACAGCGUUCACUAUAGAGCGAUACAUCGCCAUAUGUCACCCGAUCAAAGCGCAGUUUUUAUGUACGCUCUCACGGGCGAAGAAGAUCAUUCUUGGAGUUUGGGUUUUCACCUCACUUUACUGCGUAAUGUGGUUUUACCUUUCCGAUAUCCAACAGGUAGUCUACAAGGAUGUGACAAUAGUGACGUGCGCGUACAAAGUGUCCAGAAACCUUUACCUUCCCAUAUAUUUUUUCGACUUUGGCAUCUUCUUCGUUUUGCCUCUCUCUCUGGCCACCGUAUUGUAUGGUCUUAUUGCGCGAAUUUUAUUUCUCAAUCCGUUACCGUCGGACCCCAAAGAGGACAAGAAUGGGCAUGAUAACUUUUCCAAAGGGAAGAAGUACAAGAUGAAGAAUUCCAGCCGCUGCUCCAGUACAACUGCAGCAUCCAGAAGACAGGUUACAAAAAUGCUGGCAGUGGUGGUUAUUCUGUUUACUAUACUUUGGAUGCCAUACCGCACACUGGUGGUGGUCAACUCCUUCCUGCAAGAAGCCUACCUGGACACCUGGUUUCUGCUGUUCUGCCGCACCUGUGUCUACCUCAACAGCGCCAUUAAUCCCCUUAUCUACAACGCCAUGUCACAAAAGUUUCGCACUGCCUUCAGGAGGCUCUGCCGCUGCGGACGCAAUGCUCAGGCACAGAAGGCAGCCUAUAGCGUGGCAUUAACCUACAGCGUUGCUAAGGAAACUUCAACGGUGGAGAGCAUGGGGCAUUUUUCAACCGAGAUGGAUGACUUGACACCAUCGGAAGAGCUGUUUCCUGAUAAGAAGCUUCUGUAUCCACAGAACUGUGACUUCAGAAAAGAGACCUUUAGUCAGGCCUGA